AUGACUGGACUUUGUACCCAAAAGAGAGUUAAAACUGAAGACGAUUGGAGGGAAGUCAUUUCCUCCUUGGAUUGCCCCACGAGAACGUCUAAAAUGAAAGCCUCUCCUCACCUGGCUCUUCUCAUCCUCCUGUUUGUAGCCUCAGCCAUCCAGCAAAUCACAGCUGCUUCAAACAGCUCUUCCACUACUACUGCCACAAAUGCUAGGACAACUCCACCUGCUUCCUCUGUGGCCUCUGUUUCUACAUUGAACACAACUCUUCCAAGUAACCCUCUCACAAAUAACACGACUAAUGCUUCAACAACAACUACCCCAACAACUCCACCUGCUUCCUCUGUGGCCUCUGUUUCUACAUUGAAAACAACUCUUCCAAGUAACCCUCUCACAAAUAACACGACUAAUGCUUCAACAACUACCCCAACAACUCCACCUGCUUCCUCUGUGGCCUCUGUUUCUACAUUGAAAACAACUCUUCCAAGUAAUCCUCUCACAAAUAACACGACUAAUGCUUCGACAACAACUACCCCAACAACUCCACCUGCUUCCUCUGUGGCCUCUGUUUCUAUAGUGAGUUCAGUUGCAACCACCACUGUCCUGUCUACCAGUAAAUCAAGCGCAGAUGCAAACACAACUGCACCUACCCCUGGCUCCACGUCUUCUGGGAGUAAUGAGUCAGCCCCAGUGGUUACUUCUCCAGGACUGCCAACAACACAGAAGGACACUGGGUCAUCCCUCGUCACAGUCCCACAGAGUAAUUCCUCAGAGACUGUCCCAUCAGUGACUUCUGGCAGUGUCACUUCGCCUAAGAUCAGCACCCCAAACACUGCUUCACCAGGUUCCGGCAGUCUUUGCCAAGGAGCUCCCUGUAAAGGCAGUUCUUCAUGUGUAGGCCUGAAUACUACCCAUUUUUGCCUGUGUUCAUUAGGAUAUUACUAUGACUCUUCUACAUGCCAAAAAGGAAAGCUAUUCCCUGGAAAAAUUACAGUCAAAAUAUCAGAAACAUCUGGUUUGGGAGAUAAAAAUUCCAUGGACUAUCAAAAAUUACAUGUGAAAGUUACCAAUUUUUUUAAGAGUGCAUUCAACAAGGCUGAUUUUGGACAGACUGUAAUUAAUGAAAUGAGCAUUUCUCCUUCGGCAAGAUUGGAAACACGCACUAGUGACAAGGAUGUUGCUGUAGAAGUCGUAAACAUUUUCGCACUAAAUGCAAAGGUAGAUGAGGGGAGUGUGACUGAACUCAUUGAGAAAGCCAUUCAUGACAGCACAGAUGGUGUUACAAGAUAUACUCCUCAAAACCUGUGUGAUUUUUAUAAUUGUGAAAAGGAAAAUGAGAAAGACAACUGUGACAGUGGUUUGCUGUGUAAAUGCAAGCAAGGGAUGGAAAGACCUAACCCCCAGAUCCCUGCGUGUGUUGCUUCUGCUCCAAAGUGUCCUGACAACUGCAAUGCAGACCAUAAUAAGCAAUGCUUAGUGAAUAAGAAUGGUGGGAACGCCGAAUGUGUAUGCCUCUCAGGCUACCAGAAAGAUGAUCACGGGAACUGUCAAGCGUGCGCCUUUGGCUACAGUGGAGUCAACUGUGAAGACAGAUUUCAGCUGAUCCUCACUAUUGUGGGCACCAUCAUGGGCGUCCUCAUUCUCGGCCUGGUGAUCGGACUGAUCUUCUCAGUGAGAUCAAAGAACAGCCACAAGAAUAUCGAAGAACAGAACCUGAUUGACCAUGACUUUCAAAAUCUGAGACUGAAGCAGACUACAGGCUUCAGCAAUCUAGGAGCAGAUGGGGGCAUCUUCCCUAAAAUCAGGACAAACGUCUCCAGCCAGCUACACAAUCCCUAUGCAAACCAGAGAAGUAUGCCUCGCCCCGACUACUAGAAUGGCAAAAACUGGGGACCAUCCAUGGCCCUCAACCAAAUGUAAGAGCUUUUACUUUGAGUGUCUGAAAGACUAAUGGACAAGUGAGCGCCCACGAAGAUGUGGCCUUUGGUUUCUCUCUGACACCCAGCACCUAGCCUCUCUCAGUGGACGCUGUCACUAUUUGCAGCGAAUGCAGCUUGUUUGCUAAGUACCUAUGAAAUUAAAUGCACAUAGAUGCGAUUCGCACUUGUAAGGGAGUUGAUUUUGUCCAAUCAGUACAAUGGUUAGGGUUUUUGUUUUUCCUGGCAACAGUAACCAUUUCCAGCCUAGAGAAAACUCCUCAGGAUUGUCCGCUCUGGGAGAAUGUUACUUUGAGUUGAGAACCUACUGAUCAGUGACCUGACUCUGAGAGACUCUUUCACAUUGGCUGUGGGGGUGGGAAGAAAUACCAUCUUCGAAGGUUCUCUGGUUUAUUCUCUCACAAGCUAAAACUGAAUGCUACUUCUAGCCCCCAAAUCUGAGGAUUUUAUCACCCUUGACCUAAUAGGAGCUUGUGACCUGGCCUCACACCAAGAAGACAGAAGAAAGACCUGUCUCUCAGCUUUUUAGGGGAGAAGUGACUAAGAAUCCAGGAUCUCUUUGGUGUUAAUUAGAAGGCCCAGACUAGAAAUGUCCAUCAUGAAGUACAUUCUAAAGUUUUUGAAAUUCCAGCAGGGGAUAGGGGCAGGGAGAAAGAAAGAGGUAACCAGGAGUGGAAGGGACAGAGGCAGAAGGAGGCUGGGCCCGGAGAUGAGUAUGAAGGCAGGCAUACAUGAUCACCUUCAUCGUCAGACCCCUCCUCACUGAGUGAAUGGACGUUUCCUCCCACUCAUGUCCCACCACGACUCAGAGCCUAAGUACAAGUGUGGAGACAAAACCCCAGGAGCAAGAGCAGGAAGUCGCUUUGAAACUGCAGAUGUUCUGUUCAGCUGCUGGGGAAAGAGAGAGCUUGUGACCUGAUCCAGGUGUCCAGCCUUGUAAUGCAGAGUCUAGAGGUGCUUCAUGGGGGGGGGAGGGGGGGGCGUGUCUCAGCCUUCCCUGGGGACAGGCUUAGCAGUGGCCACCAGCCUGCCCAGAGCCACUGUUCUUUACUGUUAAUAGUGUCCUUGUUUAUGUCUGAUGUCUGGUCCCCUUGCAAGUUAUUUUUAUUUGUUAUUAUUAUUUGUUCUUAACUAUUAACUGUAAAGGUAAUUAAUAAAGUGUAUUUGGUA